CGAGCUGUGGCGAUUCACUACCGGCACUUUUAUAACUACAAGACCGCUCAAUUUGGCCUCCUUCAAGAAGAAUCAACUUCAACCCGACAAAGGACUAUCGUCUUAGAGGCCAAUUCACGAAAAUAAAGCACAUUUCCGCAUCUAUUAGGAAAAGACAUGUCUGUGAAUAUCCGCAUCAACAGCCCUAAUGUGAAAUACACAGAUGCGCACAUUGAGGCUAAAUACUCCUACCAGACCACAUCCGUGCACAGGGAUGGGAAUCAAGUCACGGUGACCCCCUGCACCACUGAGAUGACCUUUCGCACUGUGAGGCAUGUGCCCAGGCUGGGUGUGAUGCUGGUGGGCUGGGGGGGCAACAAUGGGACCACGGUCACAGCUGCUGUCCUGGCCAACCAGCAGGGUCUGACCUGGAAGACAAAGACUGGAGAGAAGAAAGCAAACUACUACGGCUCCUUCCUGCAGGCAUCUACCGUUUGUCUGGGACCAGGACUCGAGGGAGACGUCAACGUGCCCUUUCGUGACCUUCUGCCCAUGGUGCACCCUAACGAUAUUAUCUUUGACGGUUGGGACAUUUCUUCAAUGGAUCUGGGCAGUGCGAUGGAGCGAGCUCAGGUGCUGGACUGGUCUUUACAAGAGCAGCUGCGACCGUUCAUGAGCCGCCUGAAGCCCAGGCCGUCCAUUUAUAUCCCAGACUUCAUUGCCGCAAACCAAGAGAGUCGGGCUGACAAUGUCAUAGCCGGUACCAUGGCGGAGAAGGUGGAGCAGAUCAGAUCUGACAUCAAAGACUUCAAACAGUCCAGCGGUGUGGAUAAAGUCAUUGUUUUGUGGACAGCCAACACUGAGCGCUUCUGUGAUAUUAUACCAGGAGUCAAUGACACAGCCAAAAACCUGCUCGCUGCAAUCCAGACUGGAGCGGAGGUUUCUCCCUCCACGCUGUUCGCGGUGGCCAGCAUACUGGAGGGCUGCGCCUACAUCAACGGCUCCCCGCAGAACAGCUUCGUACCGGGCGCCGUGGAGCUGGCCACGCAGAGGGGCGUCUUCAUCGGCGGGGAUGACUUCAAGUCCGGUCAGACGAAGAUCAAGUCGGUGCUGGUCGACUUUCUCGUCAGCGCAGGUAUCAAGCCGACCUCCAUCGUGAGCUACAAUCACCUGGGGAACAACGACGGGAAGAACCUGUCGGCGCCGCAGCAGUUCCGCUCCAAAGAGAUCUCCAAGAGCAACGUGGUGGACGACAUGGUCCAGUCCAACCCGGUCCUGUAUCGGCCCGGAGAGAAGCCUGACCACUGUGUGGUGAUUAAGUACGUGCCCUACGUGGGAGACAGCAAGCGAGCCAUGGAUGAGUACACUUCUGAAAUCAUGAUGGGCGGGACCAACACCGUCGCGCUGCACAACACCUGCGAGGACUCGCUUCUCGCCAGCCCCAUCAUCCUGGACCUGGUAAUCCUCACAGAGCUCUGUCAGCGUGUGACCGUCCAGCCUCAGGGGGAGGACGACUUCCAGUCCUUCCACAGUGUCUUAGCGCUGCUCUCCUUCCUCUGCAAAGCCCCGCUGGUCCCAUCAGGGACUCCAGUCGUCAAUGCCUUUUUCCGCCAGAGGGCCUGCAUAGAAAACAUCAUGAGAGCCUGCCUUGGUCUCCCUCCUCAGAACCACAUGCUUCUGGAGCACAAGCUGCAGAGAAACUUCCUGCCUACACACACACUGCACAAACAACGCGAGGAAGUCGGCCACACCAAAUGGAAUUGUGUCCCUCUGACUAACGGCGUGCACGCACACGCGGAUGAUGCAGCAUAUGCUUUAUGACAGCAUAGAAAUCAUCAGAAAAUGUAAACCUAAUAACUUGUAUGAAAGAAACUUCAGUCCUCAUUGUUCAUCCUUAAAAAAACACUCAGCUUGAUGUUUCGGUGGGGUUAUGUAGAAAUAUUGUUAUUCAACAAAUAAUACUUCUUUGUUAAUUUUGAUCUGGACCUGUGUGGGGUCAA